CCCAGUCAGCGCGAGGCACGGCACCAAGCCCCGCCCCCUCAGUAGCUGCUGCGCAGGCGCAGUACGGCCCCGCGCCCCGACAAGAUGGCGGCGUCCGCGCUGCGCUGGGCGCUGAGGGCCGCUGGCCAGGUUCUUCAGUGCCCAAGCCAAACGCGGAGCUACUACGUGGACUGGAGGAUGCUGCGCGACGUCAAGAGGAGGAAGCUGGCCUACGAGUACGCGGACGAGCGGCUGCGGAUCAACGCCAUCCGCAAGAACACCAUCCUGCCCAAGGAGCUGCAGGAAGUGGCUGAUAGAGAGAUUGCUGCCUUGCCCCGGGACAGCUGCCCUGUGAGGAUCCAUAAUAGGUGCGUCCUGACAUCCCGCCCUCGGGGGGUGAAGCGGCGUUGGAGGCUCAGCAGGAUUGUUUUCCGCCAUUUUGCUGACCACGCUCAGAUGUCGGGGAUACAGAGGGCCAUGUGGUAGUUCACUGCGUGGAUAUGCAUUCAGGCAGAAAACACAAGAUGGGCUCAGUUUGUAGGUUCAAUUAAAACAGACUCCUAUGUGUUCGAUGCUGGAAGGAAGAAGAGCCGUGCUGACUCAUUUACUGGACUGUGAUUGGUAUCACCUAGUUACAAGCAGCAUAACUAAGCCAGUCUGUGUAAGAGGCAGUUUUAUUUUGAGGGGGGGAAAAAAUAAAUCACAUUGUUGCAGAACUGAGCUGAGGUUUGCCAUGUGGAUAACAUUUAAAAUAAAGACAUAUAGCAAAGGC